AUGCGAGUCCUUUGUGUCGCCGAGAAGCCCUCCGUGGCCAAAAACAUAACGCAGAUACUAUCUGGAGGGCAAUUUACUACGAGACAAACAGGAUGCAAAUAUAUCAAGAAUUAUGAUUUCAAUUACCCCCAUACCAACUCGCUCUUUACGGUCACUGCUGUAACCGGACACGUAAUGGACCAUGAAUUCCACUACAUGUACUCAAAAUGGACAUCUUGUGAUCCAUUUGCUCUUUUUGACGCACCAAUCAAAGCCUCAGUGAAGAAGGAAGCCAUAGCAAUCGCCCAAAACCUCAGGAACGAAGCCAAGCGCGCCCAAACAUUGAUGAUAUGGACGGACUGUGAUCGAGAAGGGGAGAAUAUCGGCGCUGAGAUUGCAGGAAUCUGUACAGAGGCACAUCGGAAUAUAUCUAUAAGGCGAGCUCGUUUCAGCGCCAUCAUCCCACAACAAAUACACAAUGCCGCACAGCAUCCUGUACAAUUGGACACGGCGCAAGCUAACGCCGUUGAGGCACGCAUCUUGCUCGAUCUCAGAAUCGGUUCCGCCUUCACACGACUGCAGACGCUCAAUUUGCAGCAACGUUUUGAGGUUCUCAAAGAUGUCAUUUCAUAUGGUCCAUGUCAAUUCCCCACGCUUGGGUUCGUUGUGUCACGGUACAAUCAAGUCAAAUCCUUCGUACCUGAAACAUUUUGGUACAUCUACUUGUCUUUGUCUCGACCCUCGAGUACGGACAGGGAUGAAGAUGAAACAAUCUUCACAUGGCGCAGAGGUCACUUGUUCGACUUGCACUUCGCUAUGGUGCUAUAUGAGAGCGUGCUGGCCGUGCCAAGGGCUCGAAUUGUGAAAGUUACGAGCAAGGACACUAAGAAAUGGAAGCCUUACCCAUUGACAACCGUGGAUUUGCAGAAGGUAGGUUCACGACUGCUUAGAAUAUCGCCUAAAAAGAUCCUCGAUAUCGCAGAACAUUUAUACCAGCAAGGGUUCCUGUCCUACCCUCGUACAGAAACAGAUCGCUUUGAUCCUCAGUUCGACUUUAUGACGCUACUUCAGAAGCAAACAGUUGACCCAGCGUGGGGUCCUUUCGCACAUAUGUUACAAAACGGGGGUUUUGAUCUGCCAAGGCAGGGACAGAAAGAUGAUAAGGCACAUCCACCGAUUCACCCUACAGCCUAUGCUGGGAACCUUGCGGGGGAUGAGAAGAGGGUAUAUGAGUAUAUUACCCGACGUUUCCUGGCGUGCUGCUCCAAGGAUGCUCUCGGUUGGCAAACAACAGUUGAUGUCGAGUAUGGGGGCGAAGAGUUCUACGCAACCGGUCUGACUGUCCGCGAGCGCAAUUACCUGGAGGUCUUUCCUUACGAUAAGUGGUCGAACAAAGAGCUGCCUCAUUUCACGCAAGGCGAACAGUUCGUUCCCACGGUAUGCGAGCUAAGAGAAGGCCAGACCACCAGGCCCACAUUACUUACCGAAUCGGACUUGGUGAGCAUGAUGGACAAGAAUGGCAUUGGUACGGAUGCCACCAUCGCGCAACAUAUUCAAACGAUCAUCGAUCGUAAUUAUGUCAUUGAGCGGAUGCAGGGAUCGACGAAGUAUCUCGUCCCAUCCACCUUGGGCAUCGGGCUUGUGGAAGGAUAUGACGCCAUGGGGUUCGAGCGUAGUCUGAGCAGGCCGCAGCUUCGACGUGAGACCGAACGACGGAUGGUCGAGAUCUGCGAAGGGACAAGGACCAAAGCAGACAUGCUUACUGAGAGCGUCGAGCAGUACAAGGAGAUAUACAUGCGAACCAAGCAGGAAUUUGAAAGGCUUGUCAACUGUGUAGGCCAGCGUCUGCAAGGCAACGGUCGCAUAGAUGAAAUCGACGACGACGAUAUCGGUGGUGGUGGUGGUGGUGAUGGCGGCGGCGAUGGCGGCGCGGCGGGUGGACGCGGAGGAGGGCGAGGUGCAGGCGGUGCAAGAGGCGGACGUGGUAGACGUGGGGGCCGAGGUGGUGCAGGCGGCACCCGCCCCGAUAAUGACAGCAGCAACGAUGACAGUGACGAUAUGGGCGCUGGCAGGGGCGCGCGACGAGGAAGAGGCGCGCGAGGUGGAGGGCGAGCUGCGAGAGGCCCGAAUUCCAGACGAGGAAGAGGAGCAGCUCCUCCUGCACACAACUCUCCCGCUGAUGGUGGUUCCGAUGAGGAGUGUGACAAGAAACCCUCAUCGUCGAUGGCGGCGGAACCAUCCUGCGCCUGCGGCGUCCCAGCCGUCCAGCGGACGGUGGUGAAAGAGACGGUGAACAAAGGGCGCCAGUUCUGGGCUUGCGGCAACGACAAGACCUGCGACUUCUUCGAGUGGGUCGAUGGGCCCUCGUCAAGCUCGGGCGUCGGCCCAUCGCGCUCUGGCUCACAUGGGGCGGCUUCAUCUUCCAAGGUCAUCCCUGCAAAGCGCAUGCUCAGCGAACGCAAUGCACCUCGGAAGAUGUGUGAGUGCGACCUGACAGCGAAGCUUAGGGACACGCAAAACGGCGCCAACAAGGGACGAAAAUUUUGGUGUUGCCCGAACGAAUCCGCCCGCGCGCGGUGCAAGUUCUUUGAGUGGGCAGACGACGAUGCAACUCCUGUGGAUCAGAACCAAGGGUGGUCACACAGUACAGGAAGCGGUGGCGAUAAUCAUUCAGGCGAAUGUUUCAAAGUGAGAUUCAAAAUUGGAUUUUUCGACACAAAACUCACAUAA